GGCGCGGCGCGGCGCGGCUCGGCGCGGGGCGGGCGGUCGGUGCUGCAGUGGAGGCGGCGGCGCUGCGGGAGGAGGCCUCGCCGGGCGGCGCAGCAGCGGCGGCGGCGGCGGCUCGGCUCGGCGCGCCGGGCCCGCACCGGCCCAGGUGGCAGGAGCAGGCGGCGGCGGGACGGACGCACGGACGCCCAGACGGACGCACGGACACCCGGACGCAGGGGCUGCGCGGGCGAGGGCUGCCCCCCCCCAGCGGAGCGCCUCCCCUCCGCCGGCCUCCGCGGGGCUGCUUUUCCCUGGAUUUUUCUUUUUUAACCCCGUCCCGCCGCGCCCCGCGCCAUGCCGUCCAGCGGCAGCCUCGACGCCAGCAGCCCCGCGCCGGACCGCGAGGCGCUCGACACGCACAAGCAGGGGGAAGAGGAGCCGGAGGAGACGCAGAGCAAGGAGGAGAAGCAGGAUCCGGGGACGCCCAUGAGGAAAGUUGGGCGCCCGGGGCGGAAGCGCAAACAUGCCCAGGUGGAAAGCAGCGACGCCCCCAAAGACGCCGCCGCCGCGCCCAGGUGCCCCCCGCCGCGCCCGGAGCCCGGCGCCGCCGAGCAGGUGCCCAACGGCGAGGCGGAGGCCGACGGCGCCCAGUGGAAGGGGGCGGAGGAGAGCGACGGGAGCCCCAAGGGCGGGCGCCGCGACGAGGACGACGCCGAGAGCCUGCCGGACGGCGAGACGGGCCGGGCCCUGGAGAACGGCCGCUGCACCCCCAAGGAGGGCCUGGACCCCCAGGCCGAUGAGGGUGAGCUGGCCCCUUCCGACCCCCAGAAGAAACGAGGCAGGAGGAAACUCUUGGAGGCGGCCGAGAAAAGCAAGGAAGAGAAGGAAGAAAACAGCUUCGACACCCUGAAAAUGGAGGGCUCCCGAGGGCGGCUGCGCGGAGGGCUGGGCUGGGAGUCGAGCCUGCGCCAGCGGCCCAUGCAGCGGCACACCUUCCAGGCCGGCGACCCCUACUACAUCAGCAAGCGCAAGCGGGACGAGUGGCUGGCGCGCUGGAAGAGGGAGGCUGAGAAGAAGGCCAAGGUCAUCGCCGUGAUGAACGUGGUGGAGGAGACGCCGCGGGCCGAGCCCCAGAAGGAGGAGGAGGCCAGCCCCCCGGCCUCGCAGCAGCCCACGGACCCCGCCUCGCCCAACGUGGCCACCACGCCUGAGCCAGUGGUGGCCGACGCCGUGGACAAGAGCACGUCCAAGUCGGCCGACGACGAGCCCGAGUACGAGGACGGCCGAGGCUUUGGCAUAGGCGAGCUGGUGUGGGGCAAGCUGCGCGGCUUCUCGUGGUGGCCCGGACGCAUCGUCUCCUGGUGGAUGACCGGCCGGAGCCGGGCGGCCGAGGGCACGCGCUGGGUCAUGUGGUUCGGGGACGGCAAGUUCUCGGUGGUCUGCGUGGAGAAGCUCCUGCCGCUCAGCUCCUUCUCCAGCGCCUUCCACCAGGCCACCUACAACAAGCAGCCCAUGUACCGCAAAGCCAUCUACGAGGUGCUGCAGGUGGCGAGCAGCAGAGCGGGGAAGAUCUUCCCCGCCUGCCCGGAGAACGACGAGACGGACACCUCCAAGGUGGUGGAGAUCCAGAACAAGCAGAUGAUCGAGUGGGCGCUGGGCGGCUUCCAGCCGUCCGGCCCCAAAGGCCUGGAGCCCCCCGAAGAGGAGCGCAACCCCUACAAAGAAGUUUACACGGAGAUGUGGGUAGAGCCGGAGGCAGCCGCCUACGCCCCACCCCCGCCAGCCAAAAAACCCAGGAAAAGCACAACGGAGAAGCCCAAGGUCAAGGAGAUCAUCGACGAGCGCACCCGAGAGCGACUCGUCUACGAGGUGCGGCAGAAGUGCAGGAACAUCGAAGAUAUCUGCAUCUCCUGCGGGAGCCUCAACGUCACCCUGGAACACCCUCUAUUUAUCGGAGGAAUGUGCCAAAACUGCAAGAACUGCUUCUUGGAGUGCGCGUACCAGUACGACGACGACGGCUACCAGUCCUACUGCACCAUCUGCUGCGGUGGCCGCGAGGUGCUCAUGUGCGGCAACAACAAUUGCUGCAGGUGCUUCUGCGUGGAGUGCGUGGACCUGCUGGUGGGCCCCGGGGCAGCCCAGGCGGCCAUCAAGGAGGACCCCUGGAACUGCUACAUGUGCGGCCAUAAGGGCAUCUACGGGCUGCUGCGGCGGCGGGAGGACUGGCCCUCCCGCCUCCAGAUGUUCUUCGCCAACAACCACGACCAAGAGUUUGACCCACCAAAGGUUUAUCCGCCGGUGCCGGCCGAGAAGAGGAAGCCCAUCCGAGUGCUCUCGCUCUUCGACGGCAUCGCCACAGGCCUGCUGGUGCUGAAGGACCUGGGCAUCCAGGUGGACCGCUACAUCGCCUCCGAGGUGUGCGAGGACUCCAUCACCGUGGGCAUGGUGAGGCACCAGGGCAAGAUCAUGUACGUCGGGGACGUCCGAAAUGUCACCCAGAAACACAUACAGGAAUGGGGCCCCUUCGACCUGGUCAUCGGAGGAAGCCCCUGCAACGACCUCUCCAUCGUCAACCCGGCCAGGAAGGGCCUCUACGAGGGCACCGGGCGGCUCUUCUUCGAGUUUUACCGCCUCCUGCACGAAGCCCGGCCCAAGGAGGGCGACGACCGGCCCUUCUUCUGGCUCUUCGAGAACGUGGUGGCCAUGGGGGUGAGCGACAAACGGGACAUCUCGCGCUUCCUCGAGUCCAACCCCGUCAUGAUUGAUGCCAAAGAAGUGUCUGCAGCGCACAGGGCACGGUACUUCUGGGGGAACCUCCCCGGGAUGAACAGGCCGCUCGCCUCCACGGUCAACGACAAGCUGGAGCUGCAGGAGUGCCUGGAGCACGGCAGGAUAGCCAAGUUCAGCAAAGUGCGAACCAUCACCACUCGCUCCAACUCCAUCAAGCAGGGCAAAGACCAGCAUUUCCCCGUCUUCAUGAACGAGAAGGAGGACAUCCUGUGGUGCACGGAGAUGGAGAGGGUCUUCGGCUUCCCGGUGCAUUACACAGACGUGUCCAACAUGAGCCGCCUGGCCCGGCAGAGACUGCUCGGCAGAUCCUGGAGCGUGCCGGUGAUCCGCCACCUCUUCGCUCCCCUGAAGGAAUACUUUGCCUGCGUUUAAGAGACACGCACAGGAACUGGUGACGCGGAGCGAGUCCAACUAAACCAUCCACGAGAAGUGAAAACGCGGAAUGAGAGAAGAAUCAGCACCCAGAAGAGAGACAGGAUUUCACAGCCCCACCGGGAUCUGGCACACGUCUCCCCGAGCGAAAGGGUUCGGUGUCCUCUCCUGAAUUCCCAAUGUUCAGCUUUUAGCCUAUUUAAAAAAAAAAAAAAACACAAAAACAAAACAAAAAAAAACAAGCGAAAAAAAAAACCACAAAAACCAAAACCAUUUUUUUGGGGGGUAAACCUUUUAAUUUCCCGCUCUUUUCUGGCUGGGUUUUUCUGUUCGUUUGGUUUCUGCUUCUCGGAGCAGCGAGCGAGACGAGCCGCUUUCGCGAGCGCUGCUCCCGGAGGAGGGAACCGGCAGCGGGAAACCCCGGCCCGGAGAGGCGGGCGGACGGACGGACGGACGGACGGAGGGGACGGCCCCGCCGCUCCCGGCUCGCGCGUCGCCUCGGCCGGGGCGGCAGGCGCGGGAGGCGCUGGGCCGGCUCCGCGGCGCCGGGCCUCACUCUUUCCACCAGCACCAUUCCUGGUGAUACGGAGCAAACCCAACUCGCAGGGAAGCCAAGAACACACACACCACACACCACACGUUUUCUACAGUAUUUUGGGUGCCUACCACACAGGAUAUCUUGAAGAAAGCAGAUCCUAGAAGCCGCUGUUACCUCUUGUUUACAGUUUAUAUAUAUAUGAUAGAUAUGAGAUAUAGAUAUAUAUAUAUAUAAAAGGUACUGUUACUACUGUACAACCUGACUUCAUAAUGGUGCUUACAAACAGCGGGGUGAGUCGAGACAUCAGCUUCCAUGUUGCCUUACGUGCCAGGCCUUUCCGGAGCCGUGCGGGAGGGGGCCGGGGCCAAGGGGUGGCGGAAAAGCCGGGGCCCCCGCCGGCGCGGCGCGGCGCGGGGCGGGAAGCCGUCUCCAUCCCGAGUCAUGCAAUAACCUUUUUCUGUCCCCAAAGGAAAGCGCCUCCCUUCGCGGCUCCGGGCAGCGGCCGCCGUCCCGCCCUCCCCUCCCCGCCGCCGGCCGGGCCCUCGCGGGAGAACCGACGACACACAAACGUACUGGUGCUGUUCUGCGUACGUGGCCCCGGGGCGCCGGCCCCGGGGCGUCCCCGUCCCCCCCUCCCCGGGCCGCGGCCGCGCGGCGAGAGGCCGCUGCCGGCGCGCGUGUCCGUCCCUGCCGCGGCGCGCGGCGAGCCGGGCGCUGGCGCGGCGAGGCUGGUGCCGGCGCGGCGAGGUCGGUGCCGGUGCAGGUGCCCGUCUGCACCGCGGGCGCGCGGCGAGGCUGGUGCCAGUGUGGCGAGGUUGGUGCUGGUGCAGCGAGGUUGGUGCCGGUGCAGGUGCCCAUCUGCACCCCGGGGUGCACGGUGAGGCUGGUGCUGGCAUGGCGAGGUUGGUGCUGGUGCAGAUGCCCAUCUGCGCUCCGGGGUGCACGGUGAGGCUGGUGCUGGCAUGGCGAGGUUGGUGCUGGUGCAGGUGCCCAUCUGCACCCCGGGGUGCACGGUGAGGCUGGUGCUGGUGCAGAUGCCUGUCUGCACCCUAAGGUGCACGGUGAGGUUGGUGCUGAUGCAGAUGCCUGUCUGCACCCUAAGGUGCACGGUGAGGUUGGUGCCAGUGCAGGUGCCCAUCUGCACCCUAAGGUGCACGGUGAGGUUGGUGCUGAUGCAGAUGCCUGGCUGCACCCCGGGGUGCACAGUGAGGCUGGUUCUGGUAUGGCGAGGUUGGUGCUGGUGCAGGUGCCCAUCUGCGCUCCGGAGUGCACGGUGAGGCUGGUGCCGGUGCAGAUGCCCGUCUGCACCAUGAGGUGCACGGUGAGGCUGAUUCUGGCACAGCCAGGUUGGUUGGUGCUGGUGCAAAUGCCCAUCCGCACCACGAGGUGCACGGUGAGGCCAGUGCCGGCAUGGCAAGGUUGGUGCCGGUGCAGAUGCCCGUCUGCACCCGGGGUGCACGGUGAGGUUGGUGCCGGUGCAGAUGCCCGUCUGCACCCCGGGUGCCUGGAGGGGCUGGUGCUAGCGCAAAGGGGCCGAUGCCGGUGCAGACGCCCGUCUCUGCCGCGGGGCGCACGGCGAGGUUGAUGCCAGCACGGAGAGGCCGGUGCCGGCGCGGUGACGCUGAUGGUGGCGUGUUGAGGCUGGUGCCGGGGCAGAGGCCGCUCGGGGCGAGCGGGCUGCUCCCUCCCGCGCCUGCCUGCUGCUGCCUGCAGGUGCUGCCUGCCGGGGCGGCGCGGGGCCGGCUCCCCCGGCACAGGGUGCUGCAAAAACCGGGCUGGGGCCGCGAGCCGGGGGGGCCGCGGCGGGGCCGAGCCCGGCAGGGAUGCAGGCAGGGAGGCAGGCAGGGCGGAUGCGAGAGCGGGGCCGGGAGCCGGAGGGGCCGGGAGGCGUGUGUGGGCUGCGGGCCCUGGUGCUACAUCCCGGGCGCUGGUGCUACAUCCGAGCGCGCGGCCGGGCCGGUCGGUCGGCGGCGAUGGCAACGGGGCCGUGCCAGGCGCCGGGCGGGCAGGGACGGUGCCGGGGGCCGUGUGCCCCCCUCGGUGGCCGUGCCCAGGGCCCCCGGCAGCUCGCCGGCUCCCCGCGCUCUGUCCUCGGGUUGGACUUCUUUUGCUGCACGGGGCUGUUCAGGGAGCCGUUUUCCUCCUUUCCGAGCGUGCUUUCGACGCGGACUAAGCAAUCCUCUCCCAUCGGCGUUCACCGGGCCCUGCCGCCCGCGGUGCCCUGCACCGGGGCCGUCCCAGCCCCCCCUUUCCCACAGGCAUGGCACCCCCUGCCCGCUCCUGCCGCGGGGUCGCACGGCUUUGCAAGGCGCUCAGCACCCUGCGGCGUUGCACCGCUUUGCAAGGUGCUCCACCGCUUUGCAAGGCGCUCAGCACCCUGCGGCGUUGCACCGCUUUGCAAAGCAGCUCCCCGGCGUUGGCAGAUGCCGCGGGGCACCGCUGGGUCGGCGCGGGCUCCUCCGCCGCGGAGCAGGGACACGGGGCAUCGCCGCGCCGGGGCGGCCGCAUCGGGCACCGGCGCGGGAGAAGCCGCGGGGACUGGUGCUAAGGCGCGGGGGAGGCUCGGAGGGUCUCCGGCCCCCGUCGCCGUCUCUUCCUCUAACUGUGAAUGGUGCCGGGGUGCCCGUGGGGCGCCCGUGGGGCGGGCGCCGAGGCCGGCCGCGCCGCCGGCCGCUCGCUGCGGGGUGCUGGCUAAUUCGCAGCGAGCCGCGCCGGCGGCCCCCGGGGCCGCGCAGGGUGCUCGGAGCGGUGCUAGGACCUGAGGAGGCGGUGGCGGGGGGGGGGCAGCUGCAGGGCCCCCCCGUCCCGCCGUCGCGCUGGUGCUAAGAGGGGUUGAAGGCCCCGUUUAACUGUGCGCGGGGGUUUUCUCGAGGGCGUCUCGGCCGCGGGGCGCUGCGGGCCCGGCUGGGCACCAGCUGGCUGAGCUGGGUCUUUUGCUAAAGGAGGGAGGCAGGAUGAGGCCCGUGCGCCUCCCGGCCCCAGGCAGCUCUGAGCCGCCGUCCGCAGGCUCCGGCUUGGCUCCGGGCCUGGGUCCCGCGUGGUCGCACAGCGCCGGGUGUAGGGCUUGCGCGGUGCUGCGGUGCCGGGUGUAGGGCUUGCAUGGUGAUGCAGAGCUGGGUGCCGGUCUUGCACAGCCCUGCAGAGCCGGGUGUAGGGCUUGCACGGUGCUGCUGUGGUGGGUGCCAGUCUUGCACAGCCCUGCAGAGCCGGGUGCCAGUCGUGCAUGGUGCUGCAGAGAUGGGUGCAAGUCUUGCACGGCCCUGCAGAGCCGGGUGUAGGUCUUGCACGGCCCUGCGGAGAUGGGUGCUGGUCUUGCACAGCACUGCAGAGCCGGGUGCCAGUCGUGCAUGGUGCUGCAGAGAUGGGUGCAAGUCUUGCACGGCCCUGCAGAGCUGGAUGCCAGUCUUGGCACAGCCCUGCAGAGCUGGGUGCCGGUCUUGCAUGGCACUGCAGAGACGGGUGCAAGUCUUGCACGGUGCUGCAGAGCUGGGUGCCAGUCUCAUGUGGCCCUGCAUUGCCGGGUGCAAGACUUGCACUGCCCUGCAGUGCCGGCUGCCAGUCUUGCAGGUCCCUGCAGCGCAGGGUGCCACUCUCGUGUGGCCCUGCAGCGCCGGGUGCAAGACUUGCAUGGCCCUGCAGUGCUGGGUGCCAGUGUUGCAUGGCCCUGCAGCGCUGCGUGCACGUGGCACAUGGCCUUGCAGCGCUGGGUGCAAGACUUGCAUGGCCCCGCAGCACUGGGUGCAAGACUUGCAUGGCCCCGCAGCGCCGGGUGCAAGACUUGCGCCGCCCCGCAGCGCUGGGCGCGGGUGGCACGUGUCCCCGCGGCGCCGGGUGCCAGCCUCCCGUGUGCCCGCCGUGCCGCGCGCGGGUCCCGCGCCGGGAAGCAGGUUCCUGCCGCUCCACAACUGGAAAGGCGCCCGGGCGCCCGGCCUUCGGGGACACGCCGCCGUCCCCCCCCGCAGCCGCCGGGUCGUCGGGGGGGCCGUGGGGGCGCGUGGGGGAAAGAGUUCAGUUUUUAACGUACCCGACUCACAUCUUUUUUUAAAACAAACAGGCAAAUUUUGUUGCACAGCCCUAGAUUUAAACAGAAAAAAAUAAAAAAAAAAAAACAAAAAGCCUAAAUUCCUUAAGAUCCGCCGAGGGAGUAGGUGAAAAACACGGUGCUAAAACAUUUUAUUAAAAAUAUAUAUUGUUAAAUUAAGUCUGCUGUCUGGACAAUGACUGUUUGUUUUGUUUUCUUGUAGUGGAGUUUCAAAGAGCACUAUUAUUUUACUCUUAUAUAUUAUUAUUAAAAAAAAAAACAAAAAACAAAAAGGCAUUUUAACUUUGUACUUGAAAACUAAAUGAGAGAUUUCAUGUGUUUUAGCCUAGACAUUGAAGUAGCUGACGCUUAACUAUUUGUGGGGAAUCAUGUAUCCAUACCGAGGAAUAAACGCGUAGCGACUCUGGUG